GCCCAAUUUGUCAUUUGCCAAAUCUCGUCAGGAAUCAGGAUUAAUUAAAUCAUUUCCUAUAAUUAAUCCAUUUCCCAAUUUAUUGAUAUGCGUUCAGAUCUGUUGAGGUGACCCACGCAAUUCGCAGAGUGAGCUCAAAGUCUCUAACAACCUAUGAGAGGAUUUCAGCAGAAUGAAGGAAAGAAGUCUUGACAUUCAUGCAGAAAAGGUCGAACUAUUGACAAAAGCAGAUACCGAGAAAAAGGCUGCAAGAAUCUUGGAGCUCAUAAAGAAUGAAACCCAAAGCAGAAAACGUGGGGCAAAGAACUCGAAGAGAGAGCCGGAACUUGCUGGGCUCGUCGAGGACUUCCUACAACAGUAUCAGUCACUCUAUGCACAGUAUGAUCAUCUUAAGCAGAACCGAGAAAAAAAUAAUCCCAGAAGAAGCAAGAGAGAAGACUCUCCGUCCACCUCCAGCUCCGACUCCGAAUAUUUUUCUUCUGAGGAUGUCGACGGCAACUUAGGAGAAUCGAAGAAUGAUCGACUGGUGGCAAAUAGUGUUCCUCAAAAGCUUGAGGAUGAUAACAAGGAAAUGGUCAUACUAAGGGAUCAUUUGGCUUCUAUUAGGAAAGAGAGAGAAACUUUGAGUACAGAGCAUAUGGCCGACCUGAGCAAGAUCAAGGAAGCGGAGAACGUUAUCAAAGAUCUGAGGCUAGAAGUAAGCGAGAGGGAGAGAGAACUGUCGGCUCUUUCAAAGAAGCAUCAAGUCCAAGAGGUUGAAGCAUCGCUAAGGACAAAGGAGUUGGAGGGGCAGAUAGGUGGCUUGAAAUCCGAGUUACAGUCUCUGCGCAGUCAAAAAAGUGAUUUAGAAGUAGAGGUUCAAAGCCAAGCUAGUGAAGCCAAAAAGCUGAAAGAGAAAAAUGAAGAACUUCAAGCUCGCCUUAUGGAACUUGAACUCAUAUCUGAAAGCAAAGAAAAUGAAAUGUCUGAUCUCCUAAAGAAACUUGACGACGAUGAGGCCUGUGCGAAGUCUAGACUUGUGCAGUUGGAGGAACAAGUCAGGACUCUGCAAAGGGAGAAGAGCUCCCUACAUGUUGAGAAAUGCAUGAUGGAGGAAACUGUGGAACGUCUAAGUUUUCCUCGAAAGCUUGAGGAUGAUAAUAAGGAAAUGAUCAUCCUAAGGAAUCAUUUGGCUUCUAUUAGGAAAGAGAGAGAAAUUUUGAGUACAGAGCAUAUGGCCGCUCUGAGCAAGAUCACGGAAGCGGAGAACGUUAUCAAAGAUUUGAGGCUAGAAGUGAGCGAGAAGAAGAGAGAGCUGUCAACCCUUUCAAAGAAGCAUCAAGUCCUAGAAGUUGAAGCAUCGCGGAGGACAACGGAGUUGGAGGGACAGAUAGGUGGCUUGAAAUCCGAAUUACAGACUCUGCACAGCCAAAAAAAUGAUUUAGAAGCAGAGAUUCAAAGCCAAGCUAGUGAAGCCAAACAGCUGAAAGAGAAAAACGAAGAACUUCAAGCUCGCCUUAUGGAACUUGAACUCAUAUCUAAAAGAAAAGAAAAUGAGAUGUCUGAUCUCCUAAAGAAACUGGACGACAAUGAGAACAGUGCGAAGUCUAGAUUUGUGCAGUUGGAGGAACAAGUCAGGAAUCUGCAAAUGGAGGCGAGCUCUCUACAUGUUGCAAAAUGCACGAUGGAGGAGACUGUGGAACGUCUACAGAAGAAAGUACUGGCUAGCGAAAAGGAUGUAGGUCAGAUUAACACUUUGAAUGAAGAACUCAAGCUCCUGGAGAGCCAGAUAGCUAAGUUUCAAGAAAAGGAAGCAGAAAUCGAACUGAACUUGAUUCAGAUACGAACUCUCAAAGAAGAAAUAGCAAUUAUUUCUGAAGAAAAAGAAAGAGUAUCCGAGGAGAAUUACUGCCUUGCUGCGCAGAUGAAGGACAUGAAGCUAAAAAUGGAUGCUCUAUGUGCAAGGGAGAAUGAUCUGCUAGAGCAGAUUAGGAAUCACGUCCACGAGACCAAUCAGUGUCAAGAGGAAAAGGAGGAAUUGGAGGCCAGGUUUUUUGAACUGGAGAGCAAAUCGAUAGAAAGGGGAAACGAGCUCUUGGCUCUGCAGGAUAAACUUAAGGCCGAAGGGGACGCGUAUUCGUCGCAUAUCUCAGCCUUGACGGUCCGAGCUAAGAAACUGCAAGAGGAUGUCAAUUCCUUGCUGGCCCUGAAGAGGCAUUUAGAAUCGCAUAACGAGAAAGACAGACAAGAAUCUUCACCGAGGUGCAACAUAGUUCAGAUCGAGAGCAAGUCAAGCGAGCAGGAAGUUGUUACUCCUCGCAGGAUGGCUAGGAAAUUUAGACUAGCUAGGAGUUCAUUGCAAGAACCGAUGGACGCUCAGUUACUUGAAAGGAGAAUGGAAGAAAUGGCAGACGAGUUCCGCAUGCACUUUGAAGAUAAUAUACGCCUGAUGAGCCAACGCAUCCUGGUCUUGGAGCAGUUACACAUGGAGAACAAGGAUAGCCACAAGAUGAUGAAAGAGAGGUUCCAGCGAGAGCACGAGGGGUUCAAGGAGCGGUCCUACGUCUCCAAAGCCGAAAUGGGGAAGAUAAUGGACACUUCACGGGCGGUGAGCAAUGCGCUUCACCAGUUGGACUCGAUAGUCUCGAAAUUUGGCGAGCAAAAUGGGAACGUUUUAAGCCGUAUGUCAAAAGUCUCAAAAGAGAUCCAAUGCCUGCGAAACAAGGUUUCAGGGGGGAAAGACAAAGUAAGAUGUGUGAAAAGCAACACUGUUCAUCGAAUAUGCGCAGUGGACGCCAAAGACAUGAAGAAUGUUUUACUUAGUGAGGAGAGCUGGGCUUUAAUGACAAAAGUAGACGACGAGGGCAUGGAGAAGAUGCGUACAACAAAGGCCAUUGAGCGACUCGAGAAGAGGGUGGCCGAACUAGAGGACAUCGCGAGGGUAAGGGAAGAAAUGCUGUUCGGGCUUGUGGAUGAGAAAAAGGAGGCCAUCAGGCAACUGUGUCUCUCAAUCAACUAUUACCGAGAUCGCUGUCUUCAAUACCGGGAGGUGAUCUCGAAGAUUGCUGCCAGCCGGAGGCGUACAACCUGAGUUUUGAUCUCAUUCCAAUAAGACGAUUUUGAUGCGGCAUCGCAUGUGGUGCUUAUUAUUUGGUUUUUACUUUUCUUAGGUGGCUUAGUGGGCAUUGCCUAUUUUGAUCAACCAUUGAUUAGUCGGGCAAGCUAGCUAAUCAAACUUCAAUUUUUGAAGAUCCUCUUUGGUAGUCUUCUUCUUCUUCCAUUUUUGUUCACAUGGAGAGAAACAUGACAGGAGAUUAUUCCUGUUAGCUCCAAGAUACAAUUGGAGAUAUUCCAUUGGCAUUAACUUUGUUCUUCUAAGAGGUACUUUAUAUGCA